AUGUCUAAUCCUCGGAUUGGAACCUUCCUUAUUACAUGCUCAGCAUUUUUGUGGGCUUGUUCAUUAGCAACAACUGUUGAAUAUGAUUCAAAUGCAAUCAUCAUCAAUGGAGAACGACGAAUAAUAAUGUCAGGUGCAAUCCACUAUCCACGAAGCACUUCACAAAUGUGGCCAGAUCUUAUUCAGAAGGCCAAAGAUGGUGGUCUUGAUGCAAUUGAAACGUAUGUCUUUUGGAACCUUCAUGAGCCUACUCGUCGCAAAUAUGAUUUUUCAGGAGAUAAAGAUAUCAUCAAGUUUUUAAAAAAUGUUCAAGAAGUUGGGCUAUAUGUUGUUCUGCGAAUUGGUCCUUAUGUAUGUGCUGAAUGGAGCUAUGGAGGUUUCCCAAUGUGGUUACAUAACUUGCCAGGAAUUCAACUAAGGACAGACAAUGCAGUUUUUAAGGAGGAAAUGCAGAUCUUCACAACAAAGAUAGUGAACAUGUGCAAAGAAGCAGGAUUAUUUGCACCCCAAGGAGGGCCUAUUAUUCUUGCUCAAAUAGAAAAUGAGUACGGAGAUGUCAUAAGUCAUUAUGGAGAAGAAGGGAAUGCAUAUAUCAAAUGGUGUGCCCAAAUGGCUUUAUCUCAAAAUAUCAGUGUCCCAUGGAUCAUGUGCAAGCAAAGCAAUGCUCCAUCACCCAUGAUUAACACUUGCAAUGGGUAUUAUUGUGACAAUUUUAAGCCAAACAAUCCUAAGAGCCCAAAGAUGUUUACCGAAAAUUGGGUAGGUUGGUUCCAAAAGUGGGGUGAAAGGAAGCCACACAGAACUGCUGAGGAUAUAGCCUUUUCAGUUGCACGUUUCUUUCAAAGAGGUGGAGUCUUUCAAAAUUACUACAUGUAUCAUGGAGGAACAAAUUUUGGGCGAACUGCAGGUGGUCCGUAUUUAAUUACUGCUUAUGAUUAUGAUGCACCCCUUGAUGAAUAUGGUAAUCUAAAUCAACCAAAAUGGGGACAUCUUAAAGACCUCCAUGCAGCCUUAAAAUUAGGAGAAAAGAUUCUAACCAAUGGAACAACUACUGAGAAACAAUAUGGAAAUUCAGUGUACUUAACUACCUAUACAAACAAUGUCACUGGAGAAAAGUUUUGCUUCUUAAGCAAUUCCGACGAUUCUCAGGAUGCUCAAGUUGAUCUACAACAAAAUGGCAAGUACAAUGUGCCUGCUUGGUCAGUAUCUAUUCUUCAAGAUUGCAACAAAGAGGUUUUCAACACUGCAAAGGUUAAGGCUCAAACUAAUAUUUACGUUAAGAAACAAGCUACAAUAGGCAACCCUCUCAAUUGGGUUUGGACGCCAGAACCAAUGGAUGAUACACUUAAAGGCCUAGGGUCAUUCAAAGCACCUCUACUUUUAGAGCAGAAGGGAGUUACUGUUGAUGCUAGUGACUACUUGUGGUAUAUGGCUGAAGUUUUCAUCAAUGACACCUCAUCUUGGCAAAAUGCAACUUUGCAAGUGAACACAACAGGUCAUGUUCUUCACGUCUACGUUAAUGGACAAUAUAUUGGUAGACAAUGGGGCAAGUAUGACAACCUUCAUUUUACGUAUGAAAAUAUGAUUUCUCUGCAUCAAGGGACCAAUGUCAUAAGUUUAUUAAGUGGAACAGUUGGGCAUCCUCAGUAUGGUGCAUUCUUUGAUAUGAGAGAUGAGGGCAUUGUUGGAGGUCCUGUGAAAAUCAUUGGAAGCAACCAAAAAACUACUUUGGACUUAUCAACAUCUAAUUGGUCUUACAAGGUCGGGUUAAAUGGUGAAACCCAAAGGUUUUAUGACCCUACAUCCCUUAAUGGAGUUCAUUGGGAAAAAAAUAAUGUUCCUAAUGGAAGACCAAUGACCUGGUACAUGACAACCUUUGAGACUCCUGAAGGUGAAGACUCUCUGGUCUUAGAUUUGCAAGGACUGGGAAAAGGAGAAGCUUGGGUUAAUGGGAAAAGCAUUGGACGAUAUUGGCCUACAAUGGUGGCUGACAAAAAUGGGUGCAGUGACACAUGUGAUUAUAAAGGUAAUUAUGAACCUCAGCAGUGUGCGAGUGGGUGUGGAGAACCAUCUCAGAGGUUUUACCAUGUUCCGAGGUCCUUCUUACACCAAAACAAUAACAAAUUGAUUUUGUUCGAGGAAAUGGGUGGAAACCCCUUCAAUUUAAAUUGCCAUGGUGGGAAAACUGUUUCAGAAAUCCAAUUUGCUAGUUAUGGGGAUCCACAAGGAAAGUGUGGCUCAUUCCAGAAAGGUGAAUGGGAAUCAAGUUACAGUAUGGCAGUGGUUGAAGAAGCGUGCAUUGGAAAACAAUCAUGCUCUGUCGAUGUGACAAAUUCCAAAUUUAAAAUAAGAUUCGGUGGAGCUGAUGGUCGGCUAGCUGUGCAGCUACUUUGUGAUGGUUCUGAUCCUAACGAUGGGCGUGUACAAAGUGUUCAUGCAUAG